CCAAGCGCUCCCUGAGCAUCUCCAGAGGCGCAGCGGCAGCGCCUGCCGGGCUCACCGGGGAGUCGGCACAGAACCGGGGACCGAGGCUGGAACCAGGAAUAGGCUGAGAGCCGGGGAGCUGAAAAAUACCUAGAACAAUACGAAUACUACUACUACCAAUAAAAAGUGGUGGGCAAGAAAAGGAGGUCGUGGGGGAAGCAGGGGAAGAGGCGAAGGCACGACCCCCGAGGAGGGGCCGGGCACGGGGCAGGAGCGGGCCCUUGCCGUGACCGCCGGCAGUCCCCCGCACCUCAGGGGAGCCGUUGGGGCGGUGGCAGCACGGGGCGGCGGCGGGGCAUGGCUGCCGCGGGGGCUCCCGCGGCCUGAGCCACCCCCGCCGCCCGUACCAUGGCGGCCGCCGCCGGCGGCCUCGACGUGGCGGCGGUGGAAAGUUUCCUAGAGAGGCACCCAGAGCUGGUGGAGAAGUGGCUGAAAAGGAAGAAUUCGCUCCCUAAAGCACCUGCAGCCCCCGCCGCUGGCCCGUCGGAGGAGCGGCAGAGUAGCGGCACCUUCGGCGGCGGCUGGGGCAGCGCAGGCAGCCCCGGUGGCGCGGGGCUGCAGAGGCGACCCUCUCAGAAGGAGCUGCGGAAGAGCUUCGCCCGUUCCAAGGCCAUUCAUGUCAACCUCACCUACGACGAGCAUGUGCACGCCCGGGCGCAGGAGCCGCUGAGCAGCGUGCGGCGGCGGGCCCUGCUGCGGAAAGCCAGCUCCUUGCCCCCUACCACCGCGCACAUCCUCAGCGCCCUGCUGGAGUCCCGCGUCAGCUUGCCCCAGUAUCCCCCCACCGCCCUGGACUACAAGCGCUACCUCAAGGGGCACAACGAGCGUCAGUUCUUCCUGGAGCUGGUCAAAGAUAUCUCCAACGACUUGGACCUCACCAGCCUCAGCUACAAGAUCCUCAUCUUCGUCUGCCUCAUGGUGGACGCUGACCGGGGCUCCCUCUUCCUCGUGGAGGGCGCCGCCACUGGCAAGAAGAGCCUAGUCUCCAAAUUCUUCGACGUGCACGCCGGCACCCCGCUGCUGCCCUGCGGCUCCACCGAGAACAGCAACGAGGUGCAGGUGCCGUGGGGCAAGGGCAUCAUAGGCUACGUGGCGGAACACGGAGAGACGGUGAACAUACCCGACGCCUACCAGGAUCGCCGCUUUAAUGAUGAGAUUGACAAACUGACUGGAUAUAAGACAAAGUCACUCUUGUGCAUGCCCAUAAGAAACAGCGAUGGAGAGAUUAUUGGCGUUGCCCAAGCAAUAAAUAAGACUCCUGGAGGUGCCCCUUUUUCUGAUGAUGAUGAAAAAUAUGUGAAGGAACCUUCUGCAGUCCAGGUGAUGCAGAUGUAUCUCCCAUUCUGUGGGAUUGCCAUAUCCAAUGCCCAGCUAUUUGCAGCUUCAAGGAAGGAAUACGACAGAAGCAGGGCUUUACUGGAAGUAGUGAAUGACCUCUUUGAGGAACAGACUGACUUAGAGAAAAUUGUUAAGAAAAUUAUGCAUCGGGCCCAGAAUCUGCUGAAGUGUGAGCGGUGCUCGGUAUUACUUUUGGAAGAUAUUGAAUCACCCGUGGUGAAAUUUACCAAAUCUUUUGAGUUGUUAUCUCCAAAAUGCAAUGCUGAUACUGAAAACAGUUUCAAAGACAGCAUGGAGAAAUCAUCAUCUUACUCUGACUGGCUAAUAAAUAACAGCAUUGCUGAACUCGUAGCUUCCACAGGUCUCCCAGUGAAUAUCAGUGAUGCCUGUCAGGAUCCUCGCUUUGACGCUGAAGCUGACCAGAUUUCUGGCUUUCAUAUAAGGUCUGUUCUGUGUGUUCCUAUAUGGAAUAGCAAUCACCAAAUAAUUGGAGUAGCUCAAGUGUUGAACAGGCUUGAUGGGAAACCCUUUGACGAUGCUGACCAACGACUCUUUGAAGCUUUUGUUAUUUUUUGUGGCCUGGGCAUCAACAACACAAUUAUGUAUGACCAGGUGAAGAAAUCCUGGGCAAAACAGUCUGUGGCUCUUGACGUGUUAUCUUAUCAUGCAACAUGUUCGAAGGCAGAAGUUGAUAAAUUUAAGGCAGCAAACAUCCCUCUGGUGUCAGAGCUUGGCAUUGAUGAUAUCCAUUUUGAUGACUUCUCACUUGAUGUGGAUGCCAUGAUUACUGCAGCCCUGCGGAUGUUCAUGGAACUUGGAAUGGUUCAGACAUUUAAAAUUGACUACGAGACGCUGUGUAGGUGGCUUUUGACGGUUAGGAAGAAUUAUCGAAUGGUUUUGUAUCACAACUGGAGGCAUGCUUUCAACGUCUGCCAGCUAAUGUUUGCCAUGUUAACUACUGCAGGAUUUCAGGAGAUUCUAACUGAAAUUGAAAUUUUAGCUUUGAUUGUGGGAUGCUUAUGUCAUGACCUUGACCACAGGGGAACCAACAAUGCCUUCCAAGCCAAGAGUGGGUCAGCCUUAGCUCAGCUCUACGGCACCUCUGCUACCUUGGAGCACCACCAUUUCAAUCAUGCUGUCAUGAUUCUCCAAAGUGAGGGUCACAACAUCUUUGCUAACUUGUCCUCUAAGGAGUACAGUGACCUUAUGCAGCUUCUAAAACAAUCGAUAUUGGCAACAGACCUCACUCUGUAUUUUGAGAGAAGGACUGAGUUUUUUGAACUUGUCAGUAAAGGUGGUUAUGACUGGAAUAGAAAAAAACACCGAGAAAUAUUUCGAUCAAUGCUAAUGACAGCCUGUGACCUUGGAGCUGUGACCAAACCGUGGGAGAUUUCAAGACAGGCAACUGAGCUGGUAACUAGCGAGUUCUUUGAACAAGGAGACAGAGAAAGAUCUGAACUCAAACUCACCCCUUCUGCCAUUUUUGAUCGGAACAGGAAAGAUGAACUACCCAGGUUGCAGCUCGAGUGGAUUGAUAGCAUCUGCAUGCCAUUGUAUGAGUGUCUAGUGAAGCUGAAUGUGAAACUGAAGCCUAUGCUGGACUCCGUGGCAGUAAAUAGAGGUAAAUGGGAGGAGAUGCACCAAAAAAGACUUCCUUCUCAGGCAGCAUCCUCAUCCUCCUAUUCCUCUAUCUUUACCAUGUCCCUCAAGGACAUAAAUUAAGCCUGCAAACACCAGUGUCACUUACAGUAAGAGCUAUCUGAAAGGUUUUCAUAAACGUAGGCCCAUCAUUUUUUUCAAGAAAUGCUUUCACAGAUGUACUUAAUUUAUUGGAUCUUAUUUUGAUGGCAGCAUAGUUUGCUCUUACUGAGAGGCUUAUUUGGACUGAAAGGAAGGCCUGUGGUGAGAUUGCACUGGUAUCUGGAGCAGCACAGAAGACUUGGCACAAGAAGCAUGAAUUCAGCUCCACUACGUUUCAACUGCUGCUAUAAAAAUCUGUAAAAGCUGACAACAAACAGAAAUACAAGAACUUACAGCUUAAUAAAAUUAAUAACACAAAGCAGAACUGGGAUGCAAGCUGGUCAAUUCAUAUGCAAGGAGCUGCAAGAAAACAGAAUAAUAUGUAAUUACUUUGUUGUUUUGCAUCCCUUCAGUACAUGUUAUGAAUCAAUUAUGCCUGCUUUUGUGAUGUUCCUCUCUCACCCUUCCCUCCUCUUUUAUGCUUGAAUGUUCCAAAAAACCUGCUUUGUAUUCUAAAGAAGUAUUUUUUUACAACAAAGCUUCUUAGUGAUUGAUCAGGGCCUUUAGAAUUGCCUACCUUUGCUACAUUUAAAAACAAACUUUAUUAUCUUUAAAAACACCAACCUGUCCCUGCUUCCCUGAGAAAUUCUUAUUAACAAUGCAGUAAAUUUCUCAGCAAGGGGAAGUUUGCAUAAAGGCAAAAUAUUACAUGGUAAUUUUAGAGGUUGGGGUUUUUUUCCUUUAAAAAAUACUCUUUUCAGCCCAUUCAUUUUUUUAUACCACAGUGUCCCUUAUGGAAAAGAUUAAUGGGCUUUAAAGAAAAUAGAAUACAAAUAAAAGAGGAAAUUUGUUGCCUUGUGCUUCAGGUUUAUAUUACAUUGAAAGGCAGACCACAGACAAGCCUUUCUAGUAUAAUUUCCAGUUGAAAUUACUAUUUUUGAAAUGGUAUCAAGGAAGAAUAUCAUCAUACCGGACCUACUACCUCUUUCUUCUCUUACAGUUCUUUCAGUACAAUUUGAGAUACUAUGAUUACAGCUAGCACAGCACUAGCCAAGGCACACAUGUAGACAUCUAUGAUCAAGGUGUUCAUAAAAAUCUAAUUGAACAUGACAGGUCACAAAUCCAAACAUGUCUAGUUCUGUGAGAUGAUGCUAAUAUUACCUGAGGGUUGGUCUCUUUACAUUAGUGCAAAGAUCACUAGUGUAGCAAAACUGUGAUAUAUGAUUUGAGGGUGCUUUCUCUGCUGCAUGACCGGACACAAGAGAAGUCAUGUUGCAGUGCUUACCAGUUCCCAUUCACAGGGAAAAAAGCCUUUGUACUCCAUGAAAAAUGAGGUUCUAAAUAUAGCAUUGUCUGGCAGCAGAAAUUACAGCUGAAUUCAGCUUAGUUUUACACCUGUGCCAAAAUCCAUUCACUUCAGUGGAAUUACCUUGAACUGGCACCAACGUAAUGGAAAUCAGAACCUGGCCCAGCUGACCAGAUGCUAAAAAGAGCUGUCCUUCUUUCUAAGGAAAGUGAGUUGUUAGCACCUUUGAAAAGCUGACUACAUGUGUCUGACAAUCAGAGUAACAGAUCUGCUGAUCACUUCUUUACAAACAAACAAACCUCUGUGCUACUAAUCACAUGUACAGGAGAAUGGCUGGAAAUUUCAGUACCAUUGCAAGCCAAUCUCUUAGUACACAACUGAACCACAUCGCUUUCUCUAGCAGAAAGAAGCAGGGAAGGAUCAGAAAUGCAGACUGCACAGCAGUGAAUACAUGCACCAAAUGGAAAUGUUUCUGCUAUUAUUUUGCCACUUCUUUCUUUCCUGAGUAAAGACAUACACAGGGUAGUAAACAGCAAGCCAUACAAAACUUACAUGUACUUUAUAGGAAAAAACAAAUACCAGGAACUGACAUAGUGCCGCUGGCAGGUGCAGACAGUUUUCCUGCAUUUUGAUAUUGCAUAUUGCUAAGCAUAACAUAAUUUAUGGGGCGUACCCUACAGCUUUCCCCAAGGUUGAGUCUCCCCUCAUUUCCUUUCCUUUUUAUUGGCUUCAGUGCUCUGUUGCCCGUGGCAACACCCACUGGCAGGGAUGGAGAUUCAGCACCACUGCAACCUGACAUACAGCUGAAGCUCUAACAAUGUCAACCAUCAAUCAAAUGACUGUUUGUAAUUGCCUCCAUCUAUUUCUCCUGUCUUUUGGUAUCUUUGCUAUUGUGGGUCAAAAUUCAGAAACUGCUGACUAAUGUUAUGGUUCUGUUCCUCCAUUACAAGGAAUAAAAUGAGAGAGCCCAGCUAGAUCUUUAUCAAAUUGUUCUCAAGCAAAACAAAGCAACCCCACUGAAACCAGGGGUAGUAUGUCUCAGAACAGCAUUUAGUCUCUGAAUGUGAUGUAGCCCAAUCUUUAAAAACCCCACACAAACAAAAAAUAAUCUUAUACU